CAUCAACAACAUCUCCAGCAACAAACCUGCAGCAGGGAUGAGGACUAGUCGCCUGGUGUUCCUAUUUGCCAUCGUCCCCCUCCUGCUACUGCUAGCAUCAUCAGGUUUGACGCCGACGAAGGCGUCGUCCGCCGGAUGCCCGCAUCCCCGUUCGAUGAUCCUGUACCCAGACCUGCCCUGUGAUCCCGACGUGUGCGCCAAGAGCUGCGCCAAGGGAUUGAACAACGGCAACGGCACCUGCAUGAGGCCGCUUGGAUGUGAUUGCGAGUACUGCGUGCCAGCUGCAACCGUCGCAAAACGCCCGGCUGCUGUCUCUACGCGUUUGACGACGACGACGACGACAAUGGCGUCGGCCGGAUGCCCGCACCCCCGUUCGACGAUCCUGUACCCAGACCUGCCAUGCGAUCCCGACGUGUGUGCCAAGAGUUGCGCCAAGGGAUUGAACAACGGCAACGGCACCUGCAUGAGGCCGAUUGGAUGUGAUUGCGUGUUCUGCGUGCCAGAAACCGUCGCAAAACGCCCGGCUGUCUCUACGCGUUUGACGACGACGACGACGACAAUGGCGUCGGCCGGAUGCCCGCACCCCCGUUCGACGAUCCUGUACCCAGACCUGCCAUGCGAUCCCGACGUGUGUGCCAAGAGUUGCGCCAAGGGAUUGAACAACGGCAACGGCACCUGCGUGAGGCCGAUUGGAUGUGAUUGCGUGUUCUGCGUGCCAGAAACCGUCGCAAAACGCCCGGCUGUCUCUACGCGUUUGACGACGACGACGACGACAAUGGCGUCGGCCGGAUGCCCGCACCCCCGUUCGACGAUCCUGUACCCAGACCUGCCCUGCGAUCCCGACGUGUGUGCCAAGAGUUGCGCCAAGGGAUUGAACAACGGCAACGGCACCUGCGUGAGGCCGAUUGGAUGUGAUUGCGUGUUCUGCGUGCCAACAGCCGGCCAAGCUGCACGUACAACGUAGCUACCCCGAUUUGGACCCGGCGUUCGCGAGUUUUUUUUUACAAGAGCAAUGGCGGAGAU